CAAUUUACAUUCGACAAAUACUUGGUUGCAUUUAAAUUAAUACACGUGAUGUUUACUCGUGACAAGUUGGGCUUUUGGGCGUUCUAACACGAAACAAGAUGCUGGAAGCACUAUUUCAACGAUGGGGCAGAGUGCAUGUGUGGUCUCUUGCACUUGCUGCUGCUGGUUUGGCUUGGAUAAUAUAUAGUGUGCGGCAAAAGUCAAGCAACAAAGCCACUUCUGAUGGGGAAAUCCCUAACAACCAGGGGAAAAAUGAAACUGAAACAUUGCAAGUUUCCAGGAAAAAACCAUCUCGCAGAAAGCGAAAGUUAAAAAUUUUCUAUGGAACACAAACAGGAAAAUCUAAGGCUUUUGCACAACGUCUUGCUGCAGAAGUGAAAGCGUAUGGCUAUAAUGUUGAGUUGGUUGAUAUGAAGACCUAUGAUCCUGAAGAAAACCUUGCUGAAGAGGCUGUUGAUGGCAGUGUUUGUGUAUUUCUGGUGUCUACAUACACUGGGGGAAAACCACCAGAAGAUACUGAAUGGUUUUUCAAGUGGCUGGAGGAUACAGCUUUGGAUUUUCGUGUGCAAAAGACCCUUUUAUCUGGGAUGUGCUAUGCUGUGUUUGGACUAGGAAAUUCACUUUACAAAGAAAACUUCAAUGUGGUGGGAAGAAACCUAGAUUCCUGGCUGCAAGAGUUGUCUGCUAUCCCACUCGUUUCCAUGAUGACUGGUGAUGAAAACACAGCAGAGAGCAGGAAUGGAGGUAUCGAAGAAGACUUUUUAGAGUGGAAGAAGGCUCUGUGGAAAAUGUUAAAACCAGCCCUGGAUGGUCGUAAAGUAAAGCAUUGCAAAGGAGAUACUUGCAGCAAAAAAUGUGAAAAUUGUAAAUCUGGCAAGCUUGGGGAGGCAGGGGAUGCAACCCAUGAACACACAAAAGGAGGAUGUAGUAGUGAUGAAGAGAUUCAGUUUGAAACCAGUAGUGAAGAAGAGGAGGAGGAACGUGAAACUGAAGGCAUGACUAACUCCGGGCUUGUUGAUGUAGAAGAUCUAGGAAAACUCAUGGAGCUUGCCAAAACAGCAAGGACAAAAGAAGAAAAAGAGAUGACGCAAGACAAUGGAGAACCACGUGAAAUGAUCACCCCUCUUUUAAGAGAGUCACUGGAGAAGCAAGGCUAUCGGCUAAUCGGUAGUCACUCUGGAGUGAAGCUUUGUCGGUGGACAAAGUCUAUGCUGCGAGGAAGAGGAGGGUGCUACAAACACACUUUCUAUGGCAUUGAAAGUCACCGCUGUGUGGAAACCACUCCAAGUCUUGCAUGUGCUAACAAAUGUGUUUUCUGCUGGAGGCACCACACAAACCCAGUUGGCACCGAGUGGAAGUGGAAGAUGGAUGAUCCUAAGACUAUAUUUGAUGGAGCCCUUAAAAACCAUGUCAACCUUGUCAAGCAGUUUAAAGGAGUCCCUGGUGUCAAGCCAGAGAGACUGGCAGAAGCUUUGGAGCCUCAGCACUGUGCUCUGUCUCUGGUGGGUGAACCCAUCAUGUACCCAGAGAUCAAUGCAUUUGUCACCAUGCUGCAUGAGAAAGGAAUCUCUUCUUUCCUAGUUACCAAUGCCCAGUUUCCAGAUGCCAUCAGAGCACUGCUGCCUGUUACUCAGCUGUAUGUGAGCGUGGAUGCAGCCACAAAAGAAAGCCUGAAGAAAAUAGACCGCCCAUUAUUUCGAGAUUACUGGGAGCGGUUCUUAGACAGUCUGAAAGCUUUGUCUGAGAAACAGCAGAGAACUGUGUACAGGUUGACCCUUGUAAAAGGCUGGAAUACAGAGGAGCUGGAUAACUAUGCUUCUCUGAUCUCCAUUGGCAACCCUGACUUCAUUGAAGUUAAAGGUGUCACCUACUGUGGAGAGUCCAAAGCAUCCAACUUAACCAUGGUCAAUGUUCCGUGGCAUGAGGAAGUAGUGGACUUUGUCAAGCAGCUGGCAGAACGGCUGCCUGAGUAUGAGCUUGCUUCAGAACACGAGCAUUCAAACUGCCUCCUCCUGGCAAACAAACGGUUCAAGGUGGAUGGUGAGUGGUGGACCUGGAUCAACUACCCCAAGUUUCACGCACUCAUUCAGCAGUACACCAGCAGCAAUGGAGCAGCAACUUUUGCUUCCACAGACUACAUGGCAAAGACUCCAGCCUGGGCAGUGUACGGCGCCACAGAACAGGGGUUUGAUCCCGUGGAGACCCGUUUUUAUCGUAAAAAGCAGAAAGAUAUCAGUGGCUGCUAAACUCUGAGUGAGGGUGGGGAAAGAUUAAUUUUGUAGCAAACCGUGCCUCUAUGACAAAGAGAUUUAAACUGGAAGUUUAGCUGUUAUACGUGUGUUCUGAUAUUGGAUAUUUGUUUUCACUUACCACUAUGUGUGCUUGUGUGUACAUGUGCCUGCACGUUAGUUGUUUUGUUUGUUUGUUUUGUUUUCUCAUUUCAGUUUGAAGCAAUGUUAAGGUCUCAUCUAGUGGUGAGAUUUGAAGGAAUAAUGGACGAACCCUAGACAAAUUUUGAAGAGGAUAGUCACUUUGUUUCCGUACCUGGUUUGUCUGUCCUCUUUUUUUUUUUUUUUUUUUUUUUUUUAAAUGUUUCCACAUGACUAGAAUCUCAUUACUGAGGUAAAUGAAAUACCUGCAUUAUUUUUACUCAGACAACAGUAGGGCUACCAUCCAUCAGUGAUGGAUAUACACACCAUGACCAGCUAAUCACUGGACUUAUUAUCUGUGUAAUCAUCACAUUCGCAGAGACAACUUUUUGUUUGGUGUGUAGUGUUCAUGUGAUAAAGCUGUCACCAGCUUUAUGGUGUUUACAGGGUCAGCUACUUUGCCUUCAUAUAGUAAUAUAGCCUUAUUUGCUGGCUCAGCACGACACCCAUCCCUCUAGCCUUAUGGUGUCUUAAGGUUGGUCAUAAGCCUUUAUUUGCUUCAAUUUCUUAAUAUGGCAAGUAGUGGGACAUUCUCCAGAAUGACAAGGCAGGACUGGGCAUAGGGAGUGCUUUAAUCUGAGAUUACUCAUUUUCAUCACAUUGUUUUGAUAGCAGAAGAUUUUCAGGUUGAGUAAUGUGUUCCAAAAAAAAAAAUACUCGAUAGGAAAUGGUAGAGGUUGUGUGAAGCGUUUCUUGAUUGCUUUGAGACGUUUAAGUGUAGGAUGUCUGUGUGUGUGUGACAAGUUGGGAGGGGGUUACAUGUGCUUACAAAGGUGGGAAAAUAAACAUCAAGACAGGAAGCUAUGCUCUGUCAGCAUGAGUUCUUGGGAACCCCCUUGCUAUUGUUGAGGACUGAAAACGACGACAAAUAAAGUGAAUGACUCUUG